AGUGUCCACUGUGUGGAACGCUGCUUUUUUGUCUCUGCGAAUUUGAAGCUACCUUGUGGGAGACGCCGCUCCCUUAACUACGGCGAUGGACGUGGAGUCACCUGGAGGGGCCCCUGGUCCUUCUACGUCAACAGCGGCCGCUCCGAGAAAGCGGUCUAGUCACCCGAGUGACACCGACAGCGAGGACACUGUGAUCUACUCAGCAACCAGUGAUGAAACCUCGGAUGAUAGUGACUUCGUGCCCGUAGUGAAGAACAAAGCAAAGAGACGGCUCGUCAGGACAUCUCCGUCCACAACCAGGGCGGGUCACGCAGUUGGGAGACAAUGGCCACCUCCCAAAAGGAAAUAUCAGCGUAUACGCAAUACAGAAACCGGCACAGAAGAAGAAGAGGAUGAAACCUGUGAUCCAGCAGCGAAGCAAGAGUACAGUCUUAUCGUUAUGGCGAACGAAAGAGCGUGGGAAAUAUAACUAUUUAAGG